AAUUAUUUAACAAACAUUAAGGGGAUCCUUAACCUGUCCUACCACCGUCCACGCCAUGGAGGGCAAUUUCCUCUUCACUCCACUAGAGUGUGCAUUUGGACCCUGCUACAUCCAUGAGUGUAUCAUGUCAAAAGAGGAAUGUUAAUACAAUGAGGGUCUGUGUAUUGUAGUUCCGCUAUUGCCUCGGUGCACCACACGGACAAACGAUUGUCAAUGGACUAUGUGAGUAGGAUCUCAAUCGGUUUUGCAACGGCUUCAUGCGCUUACACUGCGUGGUUUUUGACUUGUAAUUUGCAACAACAUCGUUCUUUUCCUGAUGGAAAGAGAGAGAGAGGCAGAAAGGACUAAUUUCCAAACAAAAAUGCCGUGAGUCUUGAAGUUUAGCGGAUUUUGUGUGUUUGUAGAUUCUCCUAUUUUGGCGACCAAUCGCUCACUUUGAUUUAGUUGGCAGUCUUACUCUUUUUUGACUGUUUAAUAAGUGGUGCAUAUUUGAGACAGAGUAAGCUGACAAUGUGCCAGAGAUGUACCCAUCGAAACUGAAGUUGUGCGUGCUAUGGUUUUGAAUCAUCUAAGAGAUUCAUAUUGAAUAUAAUUUAUCUGUGAGCAGAGGUCGAGUCGUUGAGCAAGAGCUGAUUCAUUCCAGCUGUGAUUCCAUGAGCCUUUCAUGUUUGUAACUAAUUUCAGUUUUAAUUAUAAGCUAACAGAGUAACACCCCUGUGGAAGAAAUCACUAAUAAAAUUCAGUUACACUGGGACUUUUUAAUGCUUUUGUGGAACAAAGUAUGAGUUAGUGAUCGUAUUUUACUUUAGGCCUGUAGGCAAGUGUUUCUUUAUCUUUCAUAUCGCUAUAACAUUUCGUAUCAGUUUGACACAAUAAUUGCGCAUCGUAUCUUUUAUCAAAGGUCAUAGGCUACAUUGUCUUUCUCUCAAGUGACUUUGUGCGUGCAGUAUAGUAUUUUUUGCUUUCCACAUGGGAUCAUCUUGUUUUCUUCCAUGCCCGUACUGUGGUCCAUUAUAAGCUCAGUGGACCUCAGUCUCGAUAAACUUGUCGGGGACCUGCGGGCAUGGGAGAAGCGACCCCUGCUCAGUCUGCUACGGGGGCAUUCGUACCCAUGUUGGGUGUCGGUUUAGGAACUAUGCCCGGUGGGGUCGUCAACGGGCCGGUGGUGGCCACCUCCAGAGGCUCGGCUGUGCCACAGCUGCACAACGCCAUAGUGGAGCGUUUGCGUGCCCGCAUAGAGCUGUGCAGGAGGCACCACUCUACCUGCGAGAAUCGCUACCAGAGGGGUCAGGCUGAGAGCUCGGACCGGGAGCACGAGAGUACUCUUCACCUACUCAACAUAGUCCACCAAGGGCCAGGGACCCGAAAGGCAAAGGGCAGCCGGGGAUCGAACCAGCAACCACCAGACUACAGCAGGGCCAAUGGAGAGCAAAAGGGCGCUGAGGGCGAGCAGAAGAUUUCCACGCGCAUAGCGCUUCAAGGAACUUUGCGAAGGAAGAUCGAGGGACAUGCACCAGGACAUGCACCAAAGCAGAAUGGGCUCUCCUGUGGUUUUUCUGGAUCAGACUUUAAGCGGGUCUGUGUGGAUACCAGUGGUCUGGGACAUGGGCCCUGCAACCAUAACUUAACCCAGUCUCAUUCUCUGCAAGGGUCCCAAACCAUUGGCAUGCAGAGGAAGAAUUAUAUGAUGCCCCAUGGAGUGGGGUCUGACAUAUUCAACAUGACACUUAAAGAAAUGAAAAAAGAGCCCAUUGAGAUCCAGUCUUGUGGACAGACGAAUGCAGAGAUGAUUUUUGACUUCAAAGAUGAAGGUGGUAGUCAGAUUGACCCAGAGCUCCAGGAUCUUUUUGAUGAGCUGACAAAGACAGUGCCAACACUGAAUGACCUGGAGUUUGAGAAGAUGCUAAAGCAGGAUGAUACAUUCGGUUUGGAUCUCGGUCGGCCAAGCUCAGCAGGAGCAGCUGCCAGUUUGUGUUCCCCAAUGGAGAAGCAGAUAAAGAUGGAGCACUCCCCAGAUUUUUGCCAGGUUCAUGUUGGCUCGCCCCAGCUUCGACCAGCCUCAGCAGGACCCUCUUUCACGUUGACCAGCACUUCUUCUACCACCACGUCACAGAAAGCUAACACUCAGGCAGGGCACCCCAGAGGCAUGUCCUGCUGGCCAGAAAUAUCCCACGCAGAGCAGCUGAAGCAGAUGGCAGCAAACCAGCAACAGCCGAGCUCUCUGCUCCAUCACCACCAAACACCACCAGCAGCAUUGAUCAGCUGGGCUCCUACCAUGAGCACCCACACUUCCACCAGCGCCUUCCCACAGGACAAGGUCUCCAGCCAACAGAGGGUUGGCUCCCAGAGUAAAGGGAUCAACAACUGCCUCUUCAAGUCCAAUGGUCACAAUGGCUCCCAUCAUUUGGAUAUGAAGGUUCUCAGCACCAAGCCCACGUUGCAUUUCAGCCCCAAAGCACCCCAUUCUGCCAGCCAGCCGAUGCCUAUCAUGACAAGCUCAGUGAACAAGACUUCAGCCCAGCAGCAGCAGCAGCAGCAACAGUCACCAUCGACAGGCCAGAAUCAGCCACAUUCAGCUCUCCACUUCUCGAACCCACAGAUCUCCACAUCAGGGGCUCUUUGUCUGCAACCCAAGACUGUUCCCACAGGACUGCCAUUCAAACUGUCACAACAGCGACAGGGUGUUCCUCCUGGUCCGAGGCUGCCCAACAAUAGAAUCUUAGGAGUCAUGGCAGCCCAGCCACAGCCACGGCCCCCAGCACCCAACAACCAGCAGAAAGUCCCAGCCAAAACUCAGGGCAUGCAGAGACAGCUUAAUCAACAACAGCACACCAUUAGCAAUCCAGACAAAGACAAUACACAUGAUCAGUUCAAUCGUCAUCUCACAAGACCGCCACCUGAUUACAAGCAGUCAAGAAGUAUGGUGGGAGUUCAGCAAGGAAACGUAUUCACAGGUCAAAUCUCCUCCCAGUCUUCUAGCAAUGGCCCUGAGAAUGACCUACAGUCCAUGUCUUGUCACCUCCCAAGUGGGUCAGGUUCAAAGAUGAGUCCUUCACCAUCGGACCGCAGAUUUGUUAUCGGGACAGACUGUCAUCCGAGUUCUUGUAUCAGCCAAUUCCAGCAACAUAACAAUCAGAAUCAAAUUGGACUAAAUCAAAAUAAAACCAGGUUCUUGGGGCCAAACACUCAUGGAAAUUCUUUUGGGAUGAACAGUGUAGCAGGUGUACAGCACCCGAGAACGACAGCUGACCUGCAUUCCUCGGGGGUUCCAGGACAGGGUCUCGGAGGCUUGAUGAAAAAUGUCAACAUGGGCUGGGGCUCAGCCAACAAGCAAGUGACAACUGGACUCAAUGUUAGGCGGCUACCCAAUCCACUACAGUCCCAGGGUGGGCAGCUGGACAUGCCAAACCAUCCGUACCAACAGAGGCACAUUGGCCCUCCCAACCAGGUCGCACCAGAUAUCGGGAUGCUCCCUCUUAACCCUUCGAUAAGAGACACAGGCCCAAGACCAACCCAGCCAAUGAUGGGAUCUCCAUCAGCAGUGGGAAAUCUGAACCAGGCCUCUCCUGAACAGAGGGUACCAGCAGGCAACUUUGCAGAGCCCAAUCCCAACUCUAGCAGCUACCAGAAUAACCGAGCCAACCAUCUGACCUUUGACUUCCUCCCUGAAGGGGACAACACAGUUCCAGGGAUCAACACAGAUUCGGACUUCAUAGACUCUCUGCUUAAGUCUGGCUCUGGGAAUGAUGAUUGGAUGAAAGAUAUAAAUUUGGAUGAGAUUCUGGGCAGUCACUCGUGAAUUUGGGUCACAGAUUGCUAAAAACUGACCCGCAGCUCAUAUUAUAGAGGUUAUGGAUGUAAGAUGUAAGGGGUAACAUUUUUUAAAUAAUGUUGAAAUGGAAUUUUAUAAACUCAUAUCAUUUGUUAUCCAAGUAUACUGUAUUGUUUUGUAUUGUAUUUACUGUGAACGGAAUUUGUGUUCUGUCCUUAGUACUCUGCAUAUUUUAUUCCUGGUAUAUUGGCCAAGAAACUGCUUUUCUUUGCAGUCAUUGUUUUUGUAGUCUGUCAUACUCAUGCUGUAGUGCUGUGUAUAGGAUAAGAUACCAAAUUCACACUGUGAAAAGAAAACAUUGCUGUGUUGUUUUCAAGUUCAUCCUGGUAAUCCAAGUUAAGUUUCAAAAUCUGCAUCCAAUAUUUAGCAUGAUACGGUAUUUACCUUCAGAUGUCUUGCUACCAUACACACAGAAUCUUGCCACAAAAGAUGUUUUCUUAAUUAUUGUUCAGGCUUUUUCAUCUGUGGUAGUUUUCGAUGCAAUUUAAAUAAUGUAACCAUUCAUUUUUUUCAUGUGAUAUUUAAUAAUUAUUGGGAUAGUAAUGAUACAUUAUAAUACAUGUAAUUAAUAAAACUGAUUUGAAUAAAUGAA